AUGCAAGCUGUAGCGAGAGAACCUGAGAGCGAGGAAGUACUAGAGGAUGGUGCACAUAAUGAAACGUCCGAAAGUGGCUAUAAUGAGUUACUGUUUUUUUACUUUGAGUGUCGACAGGAAAGUGGUACGCACGAACCAAACCUGUGUGAGGUCCAAAAUGAAGCCGGUGACGAAUGGGUAUUUGAAGGGGAUAAUACGAGAAAUGAAUUUUGUGAGUGGCUGUUUACAAAGGGGCACGAGGGAUGUAUUGUAAUGGCCCAUAAUUUCCAGGGAUACGAUGGAUAUUCUAUUCAACAGUACCUGCAUGAAUACGGUGUUAGUCCUGAAGUUAUUAUGCGUGGUGCAAAAAUUCUAUCGAUGUAUGUACCCAUGCUUAAGAUCAAGUUUAUUGAUUCGCUAAGUUUUAUACCCAUGUUGGAAACUAGUACAUUUAUAGUAGGAAUAAAACAAUAUUAUACUUAA